ACAGAAGCAAAUAGCAAGAUGGAUGGUGGUUCUGGUUCCGGACGUUUUCCCUGCCGCGCCAACAACGACGGCGAAAAGAUCCCACUAACAAAGCCUUCCCUGCAAUCGGUCGCAGAAGAAACACCUCUUACUUUCGCUCCCACCGACGAUCAUGGCCUAAGUUUGAGAAAAUCUGGUUUUGCAGAGAGCGUCAGAAAACUGCGUAGCGCUACCUUGGCAGUUUCGAUUUUGGAGAAGCCUUCGGAUGAUCGCAACGCGUCAGCUUGGCUGGCUGGCUGGAAUGUCACGAAUCUAAUUCAAGGAACCGGCAUCCUCGGAGUUCCAUAUGCUGUCCUGAUGGGAGGAUGGGCUGCUGUAGCUAUAAUCGUUGUAGUAGCUGCGGUUUGCUGCUACACUGGCAAGCUUCUGGUCGACUGCCUGUAUGAAGACUCGAAGCGAACCGGUCAGCGCAAGCGGGUUCGAAUCAACUAUCCAGAGGUUGGAGAGGCUGCAUGGCCGGGCUGGGGGAACAAAAUUGUCAGCGUUGUGCAAGUUUGCGAGAUGUUCGGCGGUGUAAUCAUGUACAUUGUGCUUCUUGCUACGGUAUUCAGCGACAUUUUGAACGAACUGACACCCCUGGAUAUCUAUCAGUGGGCAGUCGUAUGCGCGUACGUUGCGUUACCUGGGAUCUUCAUAACGCGCGUUUCCGUAAUAGCCUGGAUCAGCAUGAUCUCCGUGUUUGCACUACUGUCCAGCAUCGCCACCAUUAUUAUUUACUGCAUCACUGAGUACCGCGACAUGUCCUUCUCCAAUAUUCCUGGCUUCCACCAGGAAUAGUUUCCCAUUGGCUUUGGUAUUAUCGUGUUCAGCUACUGCGCGCACGCAGUGUUUCCUGGCGUCGAGGGUUGCAUGAGAGAGCCAAAACAAUUCCCUGUGAUGAUGAACUGCGCAUUCGCCCUGGCCGCAGUAGUUAAGAUGCUGCUUGGUAUGUUAGCAGUUCUAAGGUUUGGUCAAAAUACCGAACAAGUUAUCACUGUAAACAUGAGUAUCAGGCCAGUUUUCAACAUAGUAGCCACAGUCCUUGUCGUCACCAAUGUGUUCCUGGCAUUCCCUCUUUGCAUGUUCGUUGUGUUGGAAACAUGGGAUGCAAAGAUUUUGCCAUAUUUCCCUCAUCUUGGCAAGGAAACACGUUACCACUGGUUUUGGUUGCUCCUGACCAGAAUCAUGCUUCUCACACUUGCCUUGUUCCUGGCAGUUAUUGUACCACACUUUGGUCUCCUCAUGGGUUUCAUUGGCAGUUUUACAGGCACUUGCCUUUCUUUUGUUUUCCCUUGUGUUUUCCAUAUGAUCUUGAAAUGGAAAACCACUCCUUGGUACAGCAUUUUAACAAAGAUUUUUGUGACCAUAUUUGGGUUGGUCUGUGGUGGGUUUGGGCUGGUGUUCUCGGGAAAAGAGCUUGCAAAAGCUUUCUCUUUUGGUUGAGUGGUACUUAAGUUGUUCCAUCUCCUUGUUCCUUAGGCAAC